UAAUAUCUGAACCAAAUUCCCCUCUUUCCCUCGUUUUCUUCUUCCCCCCUCUCUCUCUCUCUGACCCUCGCCCACUUCCCCACUCUCUCCCGUUCGCGCCCGCCGAACGAGCAGCAGCGGAUCCCUCCGGCCUCCUCACCUCACACUUCCGUCCUGCUCAAUCGAUUGAAUCCGUUAUCUCUUUGCCUCUGAUCAGAUCUUCAGUGUUUAAGCCCCAAAUUUUCUACCCCAAAGUGUGUGCUCCGAUCUUCUUUUGCUUCAUGUCUGAUCCUUCGGGUUCGGACGUGAACCGGCUCUUUCAGCCUCAACUGCCACCGCCUCCGCCUCCACCUUCGAGGCGGCAGCUCCCCUUCUCCUCGACCAAGCCGCCGUUCGCCCGCCCCGGGGAGUAUCGCAGGUUUGCUGCUGAGGAGAGCUCCCAGCAACCCGAUGCUAUCGUCGUCAAGACCCCGGUUAAGAGGAAGAAUAGUGUUUUGGACAAGAGUGCUGAGUUCAAUGAGAUUCCUAGUGUUAGCGGACACGUUGAUCUUGUUAAUAGAGCACUCCACACCCCUGUAUCAGGAAAAUCGACAAAGACCAACAGGAGUUAUCGAUCCAAGGCUGGAUCACAAACGCCCAAUGCAAAUGUUGGUUCUCCUUCUGGCAAUAAUCAGACUCCCACUGGUCCAUGCCGUUAUGACAGCUCUCUAGGUCUUCUGACGAAGAAGUUUGUUAACCUGCUGAAGCACACCGAAGGUGGAACUCUUGAUCUGAACAAAGCUGCUGAGACUUUAGAGGUGCAAAAGAGACGGAUCUAUGACAUAACGAAUGUCCUCGAAGGUAUUGGCCUCAUAGAAAAGAAUUUUAAGAACGUGAUCCAAUGGAAGGGAUAUGAAGCAUCGAGUUCGGGCAAGGUUGAUGAAAGCUUUGAACGUCUACAGGAGGAGAUCAACAGUCUUUCCAUUCAGGAGUCAAAAUUGGAUAACAGCAUAAGAGAAAUGGAAGAAAGAUUGAGGAAUCUUAGUGAAGAUCCAAACAAUCAAAAGUUUCUUUUUGUCACUGAAGAAGACAUUCAAUCUUUGCCCUCACUUCGGAACGAAACUCUUAUAGCAGUAAAAGCUCCUCAUGGAACAACUCUUGAGGUUCCCGAUCCUGAUGAGGCGGUUGACUACCCGCAAAGGAGAUACAGAAUGAUCCUUCGGAGCACUUUGGGCCCUAUAGAUGUUUACCUUGUCAGUAAAUUCGAGGAGAAAUUUGAGGAGAUUAAUGGGGAUGAGACCACUUCUGAAGUACCAGCAUCAGCUCCGUUAUCAACUGAGGAUCCAUCAACAGCAACCAGAUCGGAUGAGAGCAGAGGAAAGGAGAUUGAUGUUCAAGCACUGGAUGCCAAUGGACAGCAUCCAGAUGUUGGCCCCUCAUCAGAUGGUCCUGGUGGGAUUACAAAGAUCGUUCCAACAUCAGAUGAUGUUGAUGCGGACUACUGGCUUUUAUCGGGUGCGGAUUUCAGCAUCACCGACAUGUGGAUGGACUCUGGGCUUGAAUGGAGCGAUUGGAUCUCAGUUCCCGAAGAUCCAGCCACUGCUAACAUGGGACCUGCUCAAGCAGAGAUUCCACCGAACAGCGCAAAUGAGAUUUCCCCAGCUCAGAUUAACCCUCCAGGAAAUUCGAAAGGGAAAGAGACACCCCGAGUUCCGUAAACAAGAAGACCCGGCAAUCCCUUUGAACAUAUAAUGUCCUGCCAGAGAUGUACACUUUCUUGUGGAGAGUUUCGAAUCAAGGAGGAAGGAGGAUGCUCACUCUAAAUAGGAUCUAGAGGCCAUUUUUAGUGCAUGAAAGAGCCCUGAAAGGCGAUCUUUGUAUCAUAUUGUUUCUAGCUGCCUUCUUCUGUUGGCUAAUGGAGGAUAAGGGCUACCAUACCAUAUUAGCAUUUGACCAAUCUCCAUCUGUAGGUUGACUUUUUCAGUUCUAAUGCUCAUUAGCUUCGGUUCUUCAGAUAA